UUCUAUGCCCAGCUCUUGAAGGGGAGUAAAGUCUAGUGGGCUAGAGGAGGGGAAGCUGGGAGCCAGGACACCUGGGUUCUCUCCCCGGCUCUUGGAAGGAGAGUUCCUUUUGUCACCUUUCACCACCUGCGCUUUGUUUUCAUACUUCUGUUUACGAAACUGCCGGGGUAUCUGUAUUGUCUCCCCCCUCAACUUUCCCUUUCACAUUCAGGAUUCUGUCCCAGACACCACUGAAGCCAGGUGCAUCUGGAGGAAUGUGGGGCAUGAGAGGUCUAAGCUGUCUGCUGGCCUUUCGGCUGCUGCAGGAGCUGCCCUUGCUGGAAGCUUGUGAGCAGCCAAUGGGAUCUCCCCGCAUUGUGGGGGGUAAUGAUGCCAAGAAUGGGUCCUGGCCCUGGCAGGUCAGCAUCCGUGAAGGCAGCAACCAUAUCUGCGGAGGGUCCCUCAUUGCUGAGAGCUGGGUGGUGUCAGCAGCUCAUUGCUUCAAUGGGGACAAGUCUGCCUAUCAUGUGAACCUAGGGGAAUAUCAGCUCCAGAACCCCUCUGAAAGUCUGGUAUCUUUUCCCAUCAAGGAGAUUUACCGCCAUCCCAGCUACACCGAUAUCGGGUCCAGCGGUGACAUCGCACUGGUGGAGCUGGAAACCCCUGUGAACUUCAACAGAGUUAUCCGCCCCAUCUGCCUUCCGGCCUCCUCUGUGGAGUUCCCCGCGGGCAUGGAGUGCUGGGUGACCGGCUGGGGUGACACUCAGUACGGAGGGAGCCUGACAGCCCCCAAAACGCUGCAAGAGGUGCAGGUUCCCCUGAUAGACAGAGACACCUGCAACAGCCUCUUCAACACCGGCUCAUACCCAGACGACCCUCAGGGGACUGAUCCCAUCAAGCAGGAUAUGAUCUGCGCAGGGUAUCCGCAAGAGAAGAAAGAUGCGUGUCAGGGCGACUCUGGGGGACCCUUGGUCUGCGAAUGGGACAACGCGUGGCUCUUGGCUGGUGUGGUGAGCUGGGGUGUGGAAUGCGCGCGCCCCAACCGCCCAGGGGUCUACAUCCUGCUGCCCCCCUACGCCGACUGGAUCCAGGGCUAUGUCCCCACCAUACCCUUCACCGUGCGUAGCAUGUCCGUCAUGCAGCACAACAGUGCUGCUGCUAGCCCUUUGGGAGCCCUAAGGAACAUUUUGGGGUCCUCCCCCACCCACACUAGACUAAAACAGGUAAAGCGGAUAGGGGGCCCCCUUGGGCUGCUCGGGGCCCUAAGUUAUUGCCUAGUCUACUUAUACCUAGUGCCCCCUCUGCCUGCCAUGCUUCUCCUAGCUGCAGCUGUCCCCAUGAUCCUGUGAGAUGCACCCCCCAUGCCCCAGUGCAUCCCACCAGGCCCCCAUCAAAGCCCCCUCCAGAUGGGGGUUCACAAGCAGUCAAGCCGUAGCUUCUCUCUCCCACCUGGUUCAAUGCCAAAUUGUGUCCCUAUACCCUUCCAUUCUCUGCCCCCCCAUCCCUCUCUUGGGCUCUUUGCCAGCCACCCCAUGGCCUCCUUCGAGGCCUCUCUACACUCCUCUGCUGGGCGCCAAAAUAUCUCUCUGCUUUCAGGAAGGGGCUGUUAUUUCCUUUUCCUUCACUCUCUUUAAUUAUCUUUCCUGGCCUGUUACCCCUGCAGCUCCACUUCUCUGGCCUGUUUUUCCCUUUCCACAUUCUCUGCCUCAGUUUCCCCACCACACACCUGGACACCUUCCAAGACACUGGCACUGCAUUGGCUUGCGGAGGCCCCCAUCCUCAUAGCCUCACUACCAUGUGUGCUGCUGCAUCAGCUGCUGCCCCACUGCCCCAUCAAUAGGCUUGUGCCUCGGAGAAUGGUGGGUGGGGGCUGCAUGCACAGACCCUGGGCAAGCCCAUGGAGACAGGGGGACAAGGUGACUUAGCCCUGCAGUGCCCCCAUCUGGCCGUGCUGAGAAUUGCAGACAGUGACCAACCCAAGCCCCAAGAUAAUUUAAGUCCCCCUCCAUCCCUUAGGGAUCUGGGAGGAUUUGAACCCAUGGCAGGGAUGGUGCUAAGAGCACAGCCACAAGGGAUCAUUGCAGUCCUCCAAUCUAGCCUCAUGCACGGCACAGCCCAGAUGGCCCAACCCAGGCCUCCCUCCCUCCCUCCAGCCCAUAUGUGAUGGCUGAGCUAGCACAUGACUCUUAGAAAGGGUGUCAUAAAUAUAGAGAGAAGGGUCGCAUAAAAUCCCUCUUUGGCAGCUGCAUGGAAUCACCUUAUCUGUAAGGGGUUAAGUAGGUCAAAUAACCUAGUUGGCACCUGACCAGAGGGACCAAUGAGGAAAGAAGAUACUUUCAAAUCUGCGCGGAGGGGGGGGAGGUUUUGUUUGUGCUCUCUCUUUGUUGUUACCUCUCCAGAUGGAGAGAGAAGCCAUUUCCUGAAAAUAUACCUGGAAUAAUCCAUCUAAAAUCACAGAAAUUGUAAGUAGGGCAAGGAAAUGCGUUA